UGCUCCUCCGGCUGUCCUCCCACAGCCAGCAAAGAGGACAGGAUGCUCAGACUCGCGGCAGUGCGCUCUCUCGCCCCGGCCUCUCGGCUGGCGCCCAGGCUGUUCGGCACCAGCAGCGCCUGGCGGUCCGCCGAAGCCCUCCAGGACGAUGGAAACGCCCCCGCACCCGAUCCAGAGACCGUGGGAUGGGGCACCACGCGUGUGGAGGCGCUCCUGAAGGCCAAGGCCGAGGACAGCGGGGCGUGGCUCUGGUGCGCCGCUGACGACUUUGUGAUUGACGCCGUGCGCAAGAUGACUCAUGCCAAUGUGGGCAGCCUGCUGGUGUUUGAUCCCAGCAAGAUGCACCUGGUGCGGGACAAGGACUCCAAGCACAUCACCAACGCCUCCAAGGACGCGGUGGUGGGGCUGAUCACGGAGCGAGACUACCUGACAAAAGUGGUGGUCAAGGGCAAGCAGAGCAGCAGCACCAAGGUCAGCGAAAUCAUGACCCCGGCGCACAAGCUGCAGACCGUCACGCCCAAGCACAGCGUGCUGGAUGUGAUGGAGCUGAUGGUGGAGAAGAACUUCCGGCACGUGCCCGUGAUGGACAGCGGCAGCAUGCAGGGGAUGGUGUCGAUUCGGGACGUGGUGCACACGAUGCUCAAGGAGCACAGGCAGGAGGUGGACCGCCUCAACGAGUACAUCCAGGGCAGCUACUGAGCAGCUGCACGUCGCUGCGGUACCGCCGUCCCGCCGGCCGCCAUCAGCAGCACUUCCGCGCCGCCUUUCAUUGCGCACCUCGCCGAAGCGUCCCCGGCAGGGGCCGCGCCUGCUAGCGAUGCCUGCCUGCCUCGGUGGUUUGAUUUGGCCCUCCCCCGCUCGCCCCACCUCUCGCUUCUGCUGCUCUCCCCACACAAAACCUAACAGCCAACCAAAAAGUACGAUACACCGGGGUGUGCCCUGUUUUUGCUCCGCCUCUCGCCUCUGCUGUUUUGAUCACGCUGCCACCAUCCAUGCACACCCCGCCAGGCAUGUGUCGCCCCCCGCUUGGUUGGCUGCCCGCUCGCUUGCCUCCCCAUUUUUUUGCUGGGGCUCGCUGCUCCCGGCGCCGCCGCCGUGGCGCCCUGCGCUCUCCUAGUGCCGAGCGCAGUGCCGCGGCCUGCCCGGCAGGCAGGGCUGUACCCACAUCCCCCGCCAGCGCCCCCUGCCUGCCACCACCACCCCAUGUGUACCCACCCGCCGCGCCGCCGCCGAUUGCCAUCCCCAGCCAGGUCCCUCCACACCACCACCCCUCCUGCAUGUACCGCCUGCCUCGCAUUGCGUGCCGCCACGGCCCCGUCCCGCCGCCGGCUCGCGACGCUGCCCCUGACGGGGGCAGCCCGGCGCCGCGGGGCCGGCAAUUUUCCCCGCUAUCCCCCACUGGAACGUAGUCGCGCCCUUCCCUCCCAUGUCCGAUAAACACUACACACUGUAAACAUAGCUGUUCGGCGCUGGUGCGCGCCGCCGCCACCCUCCC